GUCGUCCUUGAAAAAUGGAUCGAGCCAUCAGAGGAAAGCAUUUGGAAUCUUAAAAAAUUUCAGAUAAAUAAUAAUAUGAGAACACACAACGAGAUCGCCACAAUUUCCGCAACUGAUAUAGAUCAGAGAAGAAGAGAGCCUCCGUUUAUGGCUACCGCCACCACCACCACCGUCGUGUGCGGCGAUGUUGAAGGUUCCGAUGUCGAGAGAAGAACCCUGGAUCUGUUACCGGCGGCUCUCUUGGAGACUAUCAUGACGAAACUCGAUGUUGCGUCUCUCUGCUCGUUGGCUUCUACUUGCAAAACACUUCAGAGCUGUGUCACUCGUGUCCUCACCUUCACUCCCAACUUCCACGUCUUCAAUGUUUCAUUGUCAAUGGAAACUGUUAGACCAUUGUUGUAUCCAAAUCAACAACUUUCAAGCCUCAAGCUUGAUUGUGGAAGACUUGGUAACUCAGCUAUUGACAUAUUGGCACGUCCUUCUCUACGGGAGAUUUCACUUCACAACUGUAGAGAUUUCAGCGGCGAUCUCAUCUCUGAAAUUGGUAGGAAAUGCAAGGAUUUAAGGCUUCUCUGUUUGGGUUCAGUAGCAGAGAAAGUUGGUAGAAGCAUUAGCCGUUGUGCUUUGGAAGAUUUACUCAAUGGCUGCUCCCAUUUAGAGGUUUUAGCACUCAUGUUUGACCUCUCAUUGUAUCUGCGUCCUGGUGAUGGUCGUAUCUUUGGGUUGGUUUCUGAUAAACUCACCCAUCUGGAGCUAGGACACAUCUCGUCAAGGAUGAUGACUCAACUACUCACUCCAACUGAAAUGUCGGGGGAAGACAGCAACCGAGUUGCAUCUACUGUGCUGCAAAAUGUGCAGCAGUUGCGUCUCUCAGUGGAUUGUAUUACUGAUGCUGUGGUUAAGGCAAUAUCGAAAUCUCUUACGUCUUUGAUAGAUUUGGACAUAAGAGAUGCUCCCCUUGAGGAUCCAAGGCAAUUGUCAGACCUUACGGAUUUUGGGCUUCAUGAGAUUAAUCAAAACGGUAAGCUGAAGCACCUCUCUUUAAUCCGUAGCCAGGAGUUUCACCCUACUUAUUUCCGGCGAGUUAGUGAUCAAGGAAUGCUUUUUCUUGCUGACAAAUGCUUGGGCAUGGAAAGCAUUUGUCUUGGUGGCUUUUGUCGUGUAACAGAUGCUGGUUUCAAGACUAUUCUGCACUCUUGCGCUAGCCUCUCCAAGUUUAGUAUAUAUCAUGGACCUAAACUGACGGAUCUUGUCUUCCAUGACAUCUUAGCAACUACUCUAUCACUUAGUCAUGUUAGCUUAAGAAGGUGUCAUCUUCUUACGGACCACGCUAUUCAAAAGCUAGCGUCAAGUCUCAAGCUGGAGAAUCUUGACCUAAGAGGGUGCAGAAACCUGAGGGAUGAAACCUUAAAAGCUGUAUCUCAUCUGCCAAAACUGAAGGUUUUACUUCUUGAUGGUACUGAUAUAAGCGACACAGGGCUUUCGUACCUGAAAGGGGGAGUUUUGGCCUCCUUAGUUUCUUUAUCUGUUAGAGGUUGCAGAAACCUAACAGAUAAGUUCAUGUCUGCCUUAUUUGAUGGAUCUUCAAAAAUGGCGUUGCGUGAACUCGACUUGUCUAAUCUUCCUAAUCUAACGGAUGGUGCCAUUUUUGCACUAGCGAAAUCUGGAGCCCCAAUCACAAAACUGCAACUAAGAGAGUGUAGACUCAUAGGUGAUCCCUCGGUUAUGGCUCUUGCAUCCACACGGGUUCACGAAGACGAAUGUCCUGGAAGUAGCUUGUCCCUGUUGGAUCUUUAUGACUGUGGUAGCAUCACGCAACUCUCAUUCAAAUGGCUAAAGAAACCGUUUUUCCCGAGGCUUAAAUGGUUAGGAAUCACAGGAAGUGUGAACAGAGAUAUCGUAGAUGCUUUGGCAAGGAGACGACCACAAUUGCAGGUCUCUUGCCGCGGAGAAGAGCUUGGAAAUGACGGGGAAGACGACUGGGACUCUGCUGACAUACACCAACACAUAGAAGCACAAGAAGACGAGCUUGAACAGUGGAUCCUAGGAGAUGAAGGUGAUGUUGAAAUGGAAGAUGCAGAAGAAGAGAGUGAAGAAGACGUAAGUGAAGAAGACUGAUUAAAUAAAUACUCAAGGUAUAUGUGUAAGUGUAACACCAAUUUUUUUUUUCUUCUGAAUUGUUGUUUGUUGUUGUUCUAGUCAUCUCAAGCUUUUUGAACUUUUUGGUCUUAAUUAUUUGAAUAAGGAUAUAUGUAUCUAGUGAAAGUGUUGUGUUUUGUCUUAAAGAAGCUUAAGAGUUUGUUUUUCUUUUUGUUGUCAA